CCGGCAGACGGGUAAGGAGCGGAGCCACGGGUGUGGCUUCUUCUUGGACAGGGAAGGAAAGAGCGGCCACCAUUUUCUCAAUGACUCCGAAAAGAGUGGAGCUCCUCUGGCACAACGUCGAGAUUUACGGCUGAUAUGACGGUUUUUACCCUGUAGAACCGCUCAGAAUCAUGGCUGUGACGGCUGGUCUCUCCCUCCUGACUCUACUGGCGCUGCAGGCCGCGGCUCAGGAUACUACAUACUUUGAGAUCGGCAAGGCUCUGACUUUCGACCCAAAGCCUUCUGAGGCCAUUAACGCCAUUACUUGGAAGCAUAAUGAGAACAUUGUUGCUGAAUACGUUAAGGAUAAGUAUCCUCUGGAAUAUCUGGGUGACUUAAAAGACCGAUCAAAGCUGGAUAUCACCACUGGAAUAUUGACCGUCAGCAACACGAGAAAGUCUGACGACGGGGUGUUCACGGUGGAGAUCAACCAAAGAGUCCUUCCUGUGAAAUUUAAGGUUGUGGGUAUCAGGAAGCUGAGCGCUAUUGAAGUCAUCUUGAGGACUCUGACGUGCGGCAGUGAUAAAAACUGCUCUCUGGAUUGCGGUGACGAAUAUAAAGACGCUGAGCCCAUCCAGUACUUCUGGAAAAAAGGAGAAAAUGGAGAAUGGCAGAAGGGGGAUAGGAAGCUCGUCAUUUCUAAAGAGACUGAAGAAGUCGAAACCUUCACCUGCAGAGCGGAGAACCGAUACAGUGACGUGACCAGUGAACCGUUCAAGAACCCUUUGUACAAGGAAUCUGGAAGCUAUACACUUGUAGCUGUGCUUGUGCCUUUACUAAUUUUGGUAGUCGUUGGUGGUGUUGCUCUUAUUGCAUGGCUUGUCAUCAGUAAGCCGCCGUGUGUUCAAAAUCUUUUAAACAGGAACCCUGAGCAACCAACAGAGAACGGGAAAGAGCUUGAAGGUCUGAAUACCAACAGCAGUCCAGAAUCUGCGGUAAACCUCGGCCCUGAAUGAACUGCAGGCUCAUGAGGAUCGUCUGUUUGCCUUCCCAGAGGAACACUGAAUGUAAAAGCUUCUGCCCUCCUGCAUGUAUGUGGACGUCAACAUCAUGACCGAUUCGUCCUCCUCAGCGAGUACAAGCUCUUCAGUGUUUAUCUGUCUGGAUCUUCCAUUUGACCAUCUUGUUUGGAUUAAUUAUGAAGGGAAACCAAAUCUGCGACGCUGAAACAAGCACUGCAUGAAUUUUGAACAUUUUUCUUUCUUUUUUACCAUUUUAAUUUGUUGAAUUUUGUUUUCUAUCAUUUUAGCAUUCAAUAAUCUGGGUGAGAAUCAGGAGUUUUAGAAAGCAUAAGAACAUUGUUUUAAAGACCUGUUUGGAUAAUGAACAGUAAUGAUGAGAAACAGAUGUAAUGAAUGCAGUGUGUUAUUAUUCAUAUCUAUCUAAUGCUGUCGUGUUGCAAAACCUCAUUUUUAGAGAACAUCUGUCCACUGUGCCUCUGGUAAAACAGAUUCAAUGUGACUCACUUGUUGCACAGGAUUCCAUUUUACUUAAGCAUCUUAUGAGGUAUUCUCAACUGUAUAUGUAUCAUGAUAAAGCCGUGCGAUUGACUAAUAUUAGCUUAGAUGCAAUAUGCUUUUUAAGGUUUUUUUUAAAUGCACUGGAAUAAAUUGGAGCUGCUCAGGGGGACAGCAGGAAGAUGGUGACCUGUUACCUCUGGAAGCUCAGGCUUUACAAUGAGUGUGGCCUAUGUAACUUACUUGUGUGUGUGUGUGUGUGUGUGUGUGUGUGUGUGUGUGUGUGUGUGUGUGUGUGUGUGUGUGUGUGUGUGAGAGAGAGAGAUUGAUGGAUGGAGUUAAAACUUAAGUUUUUGUGUUAGGCUGUAAAUGCCUGUUUUCAGUGCUACUCGUGUAUUUAUUCGUUUUUCCACUGCUCUGUAAAGUUCCUUGUGAAAUAAAAAAGGCAUUGCGUCGCUUA